AUGGCGGCGGCGGCGGCGGCGGGGGGCGGCGGGGGGCAGGGACCGGAGGCGGAGGGGGGCAGCGAGGAGCUGGUGCUCACCCCGGCGCAGCUCAUCCGCAGCCUGGAGCAGGCCUGGCUGAACGAGAAGUUUGCCCCGGAGCUGCUGGAGAGCAAGCCUGAGAUCGUUGAGUGCGUUGUGGAGCAGCUGGACCACAUGGAGUCAAACCUGAAACGGGCAAAGGCAGGAGACUUAAAGGUCAGUGUCCAUCGCAUGGAGAUUGAAAGGAUCCGUUACGUGCUCAGCAGCUACUUGCGGUGUAGGCUUGUGAAGAUAGAGAAGUUUUUUCCCCAUGUCCUGGAGAAGGAGAAGUCUCGAGCUGAAGGGGAGCCUUCCAUUCUAUCCCCGGAGGAGUUUGCCUUUGCUAAAGAGUACAUGGCAAACACAGAGACUUACCUAAAAAAUGUGGCCCUAAAACACAUGCCACCCAACCUGCAGAAAGUGUCCCUCUUAAAAUCAGUCCCAAAGCCCAACCUGGAUUCCUUCGUCUUCUUGAGGGUGCUGGAGAGGCAGGAGAACAUCCUGGUCGAGCCGGAGACUGAUGAGCAGAGGGAGUACACCAUCGAUCUGGAGGAGGGCUCACAACACCUGAUCCGCUACAAGACCAUCGCCCCUCUGGUGGCCUCUGGAGCAGUGCAGCUCAUCUGAGCGGCGGUAUCUGAGAUUUGCCUGCAGAGUAGGCCUGGAUUUGGAAGGAGUGUCUACAGGAGCCUUGGGCAUCUGUGUUUUCUCUGAGAUUGCGAAUGGUGCAAUCAUGAUGGAAGCUCUGGAAAUAUCAAGCAGUGUUUGAACGCUUGUCACAGACCUCUCUAACCAGAGCAACUGGUUCAUGCUCACGGGGUCUUGAUACUGCCCAUGUAAAAUUUGCAUUUCACUCCAUUCACUGUUUUGCUACGUGCACAGGCUUUGCUCAAAGCCAACACCAAAGUAGCUCCUGCACUGAAGACUGAAGUGCUGCUAUUUCACCUCUUGAAAUCCUUGUUGAUCAAGUCCAGCAAGGGGGAUGAGAGGCCUUCCUGCUUUUCUGGCCUUUUCUGACCUCCUCCUUUGGGCUGACAGACUUCAGAGAGAUUACACCACUGUUACAGUUAAUCCUCAAGCUCAAGGCUGCCUUUCUCAGUGAACUUCAGGACAAGUAAGGCCCUUGGUACAGGAUGGUCUGCACGAUCAGCAGCUGAACACUGGAAGAACUCUGAGGAAUUCUGUAAGCUUGUGGUGCUUUCGUGUUCAGAAUGAUAUUGCAGCACAAGUCUGGCAGAGCUUUCCCAGAACAGUCUCUUGUUGCAGGAUGAGAAUAGAAGUAGUCUUGGUUUUGCCUCACCA